CACACACACACACACACACACACACACACACACUUGAAUGAACUCGUCUUGUUCAUCAGAUCACGUCUACGGUGCUGCAAUGAAUGGAGAAAACAUACAACUCUCUGGCCUGGUCUUGCUCACCAUGCUGGUAGCUCCAGUCUAUACUGGGAACAUUCUGGUCUUCCCUGUGGAUGGCAGCCAUUGGAUCAACAUGAAAAUCUUGAUUGAGGCUCUUCAUGCCAAAGGUCACAAUAUUACAGUCCUCCGAGCUUCAGACAGCUGGUACAUUGAGGAAACAUCUUCACUGUAUACUUCCAUCAGUUUACAAACCACAGGAAACUUUGAUAAGGACUUCAUUAAGAGUUUUAUAAAAAGUCUCUUGGAAAUUAUCAGGGAAGGCUCAUUGUGGGCACGUCUGAAACUGGAGAAGGAGAUGUGGGACAAAUCAGUUGAAAUGAUUGAGAAUGAGAGAAAAUUAAUAAUCAGCAUAACUGGAAACCAUGAACUAAUGCAGUCCUUGAGAGAUGCAAAAUACGACUUGUUUAUUACUGACCCUGUUAUAGUUAGCGGCGUCAUUUUAAGUCAUUAUCUCAAACUUCCACUUGUCUUUAAUGUUCGAUGGACCAUACAGGGAGAGGGGCAUUUUGCCAUCGCUCCCUCACCGCUGUCUUAUGUACCACUGCCAAUGUUAGAGCUGUCAGACCGCAUGAGCUUCUUUGAGAGAGUGAAAAAUAUUGUCAUGUACAUUGUAACUGAAUUACAGAUUAAAUAUUUUAUAUAUCCAACAUACAAUGAACUGUGUAAGCAGCUAUUAGGCCCAGAUGUAAAUUACUUUGAAUUAUUUCAAAGAGCAGACCUUUGGCUGUUCAGAGUUGAUUUUAUCUUUGAAUUUCCACGCCCUACCAUGCCUAAUGCUGUCUAUAUGGGUGGUUUCCACUGCAAACCAUCCAAAGCUCUUCCACAGCAUCUUGAGGACUUUGUGCAGAGCUCUGGUGAACACGGUGUCAUCAUCAUGUCUCUGGGAACAUUUGUUGAGCAGAUUCCUUAUGAUGUAGCUGAUUCAAUAGCGGAGGCUUUUGCAGAGCUUCCACAAAAAGUUAUUUGGAGAUAUAAAGGAGAAAGACCUUCAACAGUGGGGAACAAUACCUUAAUAAUGGACUGGAUACCCCAGAAUGAUCUCCUUGGCCACCCUAAGACCAGGGUGUUUGUAGCUCAUGGUGGAACCAAUGGCAUUCAGGAAGCUAUCUAUCAUGGAGUUCCUAUCGUUGGUUUUGGACUCGUCUGGGACCAGCCUGACAAUCUCGCAAAAAUGAGAGUGAAGGGAGUUGCAAAAAAUGUCAACUUUGCCACUGUGGACAAAGAAUCCUUUCUUCUGACAGUGAAGGAAGUGCUCCAUAACCCUUCAUACCGGGAAAACAUGCAAAGACUCUCCAGACUCCACAGAGACGUGCCGAUCAAACCAUUAGACAAUGCUGUCUUCUGGAUCGAGUACAUCAUUAGACAUGGAGGUGCAGCUCAUCUACGAACGGAAGCGUAUAAAAUGCCCUGGUAUUCUUACCACUCUGUAGAUGUUGUACUGUUUCUGCUGUUUCUUCUGUCAUUUAUUGGCUUCACUACAUUUGUGAUCAUUAGACACGUCUGCUGUAGACUGUGUGUCAAGAAACAAAGCACUAAAUAAGGAUAGAUGUAAAUAGACAAUGGGUAAAAUUUCAGGGAACCAGGCUAUGAUAACAGGCUAUGGUUAGAAUAGAAUAGAAUAGAAUAGAAUAAAAUAGAAUUAAAUAUUUAUUACAAACUAUAUAGAUAAAAGUAUGUGCACCCAUGACCAUCACACCCGCAUAUAUUUCCCUGAGUUUGUUGUUAGAAUGCAACCACUCUUCUGCGAAGGCUGCACGCUAGUUUUUGGAGUGUGUAUGUGUGUAUGUUUGUGUGUGUAAAUUUGUGUUCAUUCACACACUCUACAGGAGUUACUGGCUUUGUAUAUCUCACAGUGGCAUCAUCAUGCUGGACAAGGGUUCGGUUAAGGGGAACUGUAACACCACAGCACACAGAGACUCUCUGCACAACUGUAUACUUUAGUCUUCGUGGAAAAGCCGGGGGGGGGUGCACAUAGUUUAAUCCUUAUGGUGUAUGUUUACGGUGUUGUACAGUAUAAUAAAGUGUCUUAUCCAUGGGAUUUAAGCAUAAUCUGCACAGAGUCGAGUUUGACCAAACCAGAAGCAGGUCUUAGUUAAGCACAAGUCCAACUCUGGACCUACAGAUGAUUUGUUUACACACAGGCGUAUAAUCCAGUAGAGUAAUCCAUUAAUCUGCCUUCCUGAAGUGAACGCUUUUUGCUCUUUUACACACAUUUGAAUGAUUUAUAUAUCACAUUAAUGUUACAAGUUUUAGGCUUAUGGGAUAAUGUCUGUGGUGUGUGUAAUUGCUUUUUAAUUUCAUUUGAAUGUUUAAUAAUGUAUUUACAUUUAAAGUUGAUUGCAUUGUGAGAAUUUAUUGUAAUUAUAUUAAUAAUUUCUAAAUUAGCAUUUUUAUAUAUUUUAAGACAAAUACAUAAUCAUUUCCAAUGAUCAUUAUUAA